GAGCUCGCGGGAAGGGGGCAGUACAAACCCGCCCUGCCCGCGUCGCUGCCAGACUUAGCACGAGGCCGAGGGAGGAGAGCAGGGGCCGGCGGGCAGGUGCAGUGCAGGCCGUGCCUGACGAUUCAUAGUCGGAUUCUUGGAAGGGGCCCACCCCGAGGGAGCAGUUUUGGGAGGGCGACUGGGAGGGGGUAGCGGGGCCCCGCUCCCGCCCUUUGUUUGGGCUCGGCUCCUCUGGCUGCAUCGUCGUCGCCUAGCAACAGCCGUUCUGAGCUGCGAUUGGUUGAGCUCUUGGCAGCAGCAACCAAUGGCACGGUUGUUGCCAUGGCAGGUGCGGACUGCCAAGCUCAGUCCGGCCCCGCCCGCCGGGGCUCCGCCGACCGGGGCGGGCCUCCAGGGUGGGGGGCGGGACGCCUGGGUCCCCAGGGGCGGGUGGCUGUUCGGGGCGGGGCCGGCGGGGCGAGGGUUAACCCGCCCCUCCCCCGUCCACCUGCUUUCCCCCUUCCCCCGCGUGCCCCGGGCUGACCCUCGUUCCCUCUCCUCCCCGCCCCCGGCGGCGGCGGCGGCUGCUGUUGUCACCCACCGGGCCGCCUGUCCCUCUUGCCCUCCCCGCCGCGGGGCUUGCUGGGCCGGCCGGCCGGGCCGGGACAGGCGGCCGUCUCCUCUCUGCCGCCACCGCCGCCAUGCUGGCCGCUCGCCCACCCCACUGGGGGCCCCACCGCGCCCCAGCCCCCCGUGGGCCCCGCGCCAACCCUGACCCGGGUCUCAGCGGCGGUGGCAGCCGAGGUGCAGGAUGCGAGAAGGCGCCCCCCGGCCGGGCUCCCGCUCCAGGCCUCGCUCCCCUGCGGCCCUCUGAGCCCACCAUGGCCGUUCCACCAGGCCAUGGUCCCUUCUCUGGCUUCCCGGGGCCCCAGGAGCACACGCAGGUAUUGCCUGAUGUGCGGCUGUUGCCACGGAGGCUGCCCCUGGCCUUCCGGGACGCGACCUCAGCCCCGCUGCGCAAACUCUCCGUGGACCUCAUCAAGACCUACAAGCACAUCAAUGAGGUAUACUAUGCGAAGAAGAAGCGGCGGGCCCAGCAGGCACCACCUCAGGACUCGAGCACCAAGAAGGAGAAGAAGGUCCUGAAUCAUGGUUAUGAUGACGACAACCACGACUACAUUGUGCGCAGCGGCGAGCGCUGGCUGGAGCGCUACGAGAUUGACUCACUCAUCGGCAAAGGCUCCUUUGGCCAGGUGGUGAAAGCCUAUGAUCAUCAGACCCAGGAGCUGGUGGCCAUCAAGAUCAUCAAGAACAAAAAGGCCUUCCUGAACCAGGCCCAGAUUGAGCUUCGGCUGCUGGAGCUGAUGAACCAGCACGACACGGAAAUGAAGUACUACAUAGUGCACCUGAAGCGGCACUUCAUGUUCCGGAACCACCUGUGCCUGGUGUUCGAGCUGCUCUCCUACAACCUGUACGACCUCCUGCGCAACACGCACUUCCGCGGCGUCUCGCUGAACCUGACGCGGAAGCUGGCGCAGCAGCUCUGCACAGCGCUGCUCUUCCUGGCCACGCCCGAGCUCAGCAUCAUUCACUGCGACCUCAAGCCAGAGAACAUCCUGCUCUGCAACCCCAAGCGCAGCGCCAUCAAGAUCGUGGACUUUGGCAGCUCCUGCCAGCUUGGCCAGCGGAUCUAUCAGUACAUCCAGAGCCGCUUCUACCGGUCGCCUGAGGUGCUCCUGGGUACACCCUAUGACCUGGCCAUUGACAUGUGGUCCCUGGGCUGCAUUCUGGUGGAGAUGCACACCGGAGAGCCCCUCUUCAGUGGCUCCAAUGAGGUGGACCAGAUGAACCGGAUAGUGGAGGUGCUGGGCAUCCCACCAGCCCCCAUGCUGGACCAGGCACCCAAGGCUCGCAAGUACUUUGAACGGCUGCCUGGGGGUGGCUGGACCCUACGAAGGACAAAGGAACUCAGGAAGGAUUACCAGGGCCCCGGGACACGGCGGCUGCAGGAGGUGCUGGGCGUGCAGACGGGCGGGCCCGGGGGCCGGCGGGCGGGGGAGCCGGGCCACAGCCCCGCCGACUACCUCCGCUUCCAGGACCUGGUGCUGCGCAUGUUGGAGUAUGAGCCCGCCGCCCGCAUCAGCCCACUGGGGGCUCUGCAGCACGGCUUCUUCCGCCGCACGGCUGAUGAGGCCACCAACACGGGCCCGGCAGGCAGCAGUGCCUCCACCUCGCCCGCACCCCUUGACACCUGUCCCUCCUCCAGCACCGCCAGCUCCAUCUCCAGCUCUGGAGGCUCCAGUGGCUCCUCCAGUGACAACCGGACCUACCGAUACAGCAACCGAUAUUGUGGGGGCCCUGGGCCCCCCAUCACUGACUGUGAGAUGAACAGCCCCCAGGUCCCACCCUCCCAGCCGCUGCGCCCCUGGGCAGGGGGUGAUGUGCCCCACAAGACACAUCAGGCCCCUGCCUCCGCCUCGUCACUGCCAGGGGCCGGGGCCCAGUUAUCCCCACAACCCCGAUGCCUUGGCCGUCCCCCAUCACCAACCUCACCACCACCCCCGGAGCUGAUGGAUGUGAGCCUGGUGGGCGGCCCUCCAGACUGCUCCCCACCUCACCCAGCGCCUGCCCCCCAGCACCCGGCUGCCUCAGCCCUCCGGACUCGGAUGACAGGAGGUCGUCCACCCCUCCCACCCCCUGAUAACCCUGCCACUCUGGGGCCUCGCUUGGGCCUCCGUGGUGUACCCCAGAGCACGGCAGCCAGCUCAUGACCCAGCCCCCUUCCUGGGGCCCCUCCUGAAGCCAUACCCCCCAUCUGGGGGCCCUGGGCUCCCAUCCUCAUCUCUCCCCUUGACUGGAAUUGCUGCUACCCAGCUGGGGUGGGUGAGGCCUGCACUGAUUGGGGCCUGGGGCAGGGGGUCAAGGAGAGGGGUCUAGGCGCACCCUCCCUGUAAGGACUGGACCCUUAGCCCCCUCUCCCCUCCCUUGUUUUCUAUUUAUUGUACCAAAGACAGUGGUGGUCCGGUGUGGGGGGGAGACCCCCUUCACCCUCGGGCCCUAGGAGGGGGUGGGGGCAGGUAGGGGGAGAUGGCCUUGCUCCUCCUUGCUGUACGCCCCAGUAAAGAGCUUUCUCACAUGCCUGCCUGAGCGUUUGCAGGGCCUCGGCUCCCUCACCUGGCCCUCAGAGGCGUGGUGGGGAAUGGUGUUUGGGGAGGGGUACCAGAAGAGCUUUGUCAUGUGGGAUGCGUCCCUGGGGAAGUUAUGGCUGUUGGCGCAGACAUGGGGCUGCAGGAGGUCCGGGGCUACGGAAUCCUAGACAGAGAUCCUGGAUAGGAUCCUAGCCCACGUUUGUCUUUUUCUUGGUAAACAGAGACCCUGAAAGAGUAAAGCCCAGUUCUGGCCUGUCUCUGGAAAACAUCAGGAUCUGCCCUAAUAAGCCAGGGCUUCCACAGUGUCUGCAGGGGCGUGGCUCUUUAUGCCAGGCAGGCAUCUAGCAGGUGCUGAAUGCAUGUAGCAUGCCUUAUUGGUGCCAUCUGGGGGAUGGCAGGCAGGCAGUGGGUACAGAUUUUACCCCCGCCGUCUGGUCUCACCCUGUGGAGCCAUGACGGAGAAAAGCAUUUUGAGAUUCUCAGGCAGAAAGAUAUUCCCAGGGUUCCAGGUAAGUGGGUCUCUUUCCAUAGCAAUCUGGAAACUUUUGUCUCCCAACUGGCCAAACAAGAGCCUCCUGAUUCGAAGGUACCUACCGUUUCCUGCCACUGGGGCGCGAUGCUUCCUGGGAAAUGGAGUUCUACGUAGCAGUCCUUUUCCCCUUUUUCGUCAGAGGACUACAAAGACCAGGAUUCUUUUCGCUCACGAGUUAGGGACGGGCUCCCGGGGUGCCAAUAGGCAUUCAGAGACGGAUGGGGGUGCCCGGAUGCUUUGAGGCGGGCUAUUGGGGAGAAGACGGCCGUGAUUGGGUAGCGUCGGCAAGGCUGUGCGCGAGUAUUGAGUUCUCUCAGGCGUGCGGCAGGUGGGCGAAGGUGCUGCUCCGCGAGACCGUGCAGGUCAGGCGUCUGUGGUCACAGAACAAGAGGUAGGCGCUGAGGCCCAAAGCGGCCCCAACGCGCGGAGCAUCCCUAGCCGCGGUGUCCGGCUCAGCUCGCAGGAAGCCCCGGUCGGUAGAAGAGCCAGGCGAAGACGCGAGGAGAGCGGAUGUUCGGGGAAGGGGGCAGAGUGGGACGUGGAGGGAACCCAGGCGAGGCACGGGUGGGGAAGCAUUUUGGGAGGAGCAGGAGCUAUCGACGCUGAGACCUGGAGACAGGAUGUUUGCGGUGGCGGUGGUGCGGUGGUUUGCGUACAGGCAGCAAUGAGAAGCAGCCUGUUGUGUGAAUGUGAACUGCGGGAGAUGUGGUGUAGGAGAUCUAAUGGAAAGUUUGUAUGAAUUCGAUCGCGAAAGAUUUUGUAGGCCAUUUAGGGAGCUUAGGCUUUGUCCUAAGGACAUUGAGGAGCCACGGGAGGAUUUGUAGAAGGGAAGGGGCAUGGCCCAUUUGCUGCCAUCGAGGAAUAGAUUGAUGGGAAAGAGACUGGGGUCUGGGAGCCCAGGGUGGUGGUUGUGGCACCAUCCUGGGCAAAAGGUGUUGGGAAUGAACCAGGGCGGUAGUCUUGGUUGGGACAGAAGAAAGGGUAUGUGUAGGAGAGGUGUCGAGAAGGCUGAGCUGACAGGAUAUAUGGCUUACAGGCUGUGUGGAAAGGGGAGGUAGAGAGGGGCAGGGAAAAAGUUAUCUCCAGCAGGUCGGACAGCCCCUGGCGUAUGGUAGAUGCUUAAUUUAAAAAAAAAUUUUUUUUUGAAUGAACAAAGGAGGCAGAUGCUGUUAUGAUCUCCCUUUUGUAAACAAAGAUACUGAGGGCAGAUAAAGUUAAGUAAGUUACCCAUGAUCACAUAGCUAGCAAAUGGAAGGCCCAGGAUUGUGUGUGUGUGUGUGUGUGUGAGAGAGAGAGAGAGAGAGAGAGAACCAUUAUCUUAGCAAGAUGGAGGAUGAACUUUGAGACAUCAGCAGGGUCCAGAUCAUGUAGGUCCCUUAAGGAAUUUAAGAUAAGCAUGGAAAUGUAUGUCCCACAUUUCAUUUUCAAGCCCAGAACCUCUCCCUGACCUGCUGACUGACUGCCCACAUGAUAUCUCUUCUCUCAAGAUAUCUGUAGUCAUCUGGAGACCUGUCUUGACCAAACUGAACUCCGGUCUUUUCCGCAAAACCUGUUGUCCCACAGUAAGUGCUGCCUCCAUUGUCUUAUACUCAUGUCUGGUCCAUCAGCAAAGUAUAUUCAGAACCUGACCAUUUUUUCCCACCUCCACUCUUGUCACCCUGGUCCUGUCCACUCUUACGGCCUGCCUACACCAUCACAACAGCCCCCCUCAGUGGUCUUCGUGCUCCCCACAGUCUGUUUCUCAUACGCAGCUGGCGGGACACUGAAUACCUAUAUCAGGGUGCAUUUCUCUGCUGUCCAGUACCCUCUUGUGGCUCUGUCUCAUACAGGAAUUGCCAGUGUUCUUUCCGUGGCCUUUGCAAGGCCCAUGAUCCCUGCAAUGCCCUGCAUGAUCCGUCCCUGUUACCUCUCUACCUGCUCCUUUUACUCUGCUCACUCUGCUCCAGCCACCCUCGCCUCAGGGCCUUUGCACUUAUUCCCUUUACCUGGAACACUCUUCUCCAGAUAGUAGAGGCUCACGUUCAUCUCCUUUAGGUCUUUACUCAGAUAUCAUCUUCUCCCUGAGAACUUCCCUGGCCACCGUUCUAGAAUUACAUAACUGAUAUUUGUAUAUGUGCUGCCGAAGCGAGCACUAUAACUGAUAUUUGUAUAUUAACUUCUCUUUAACUCUUCCUUAGGAUUAAUCACAUCACUAUUUAACUCACUAUAUAGGUUAUUUAUCGUGAUCAUUGUCUCUCUGUUCUCUGUACCCACAGCAGACCAUAAGCUUCAUGAGGACAGGGGCCUUUGUCUACUUCAUGCUUUAUCUUUAGCAUCUAAAAGCGCUCUUGGCACAUAGUUGGGGCUCAGUAACUGUUUACCAAAAGGAUGGUUCAGUGGGCGCUUUCAAGACACAGAUCUAAUCCAACAUGCUAGGGACUCUGUCCAUCCCUUUUCCACAGGACUUUAGAGGACUGCCUUAAAGUUUUCUGAUGUCUUAGACAUUCGACAAGUAUUUCAUCUUGCCUUGCUCCGUGCUCAGCAUCGGGAACACAGCAGAGAACAAAACAGUUUCCCUGUCCCAGGAGAGUUCAGUCUCAAGAGUGGGAGUUCAUAUUCUCAGCUAAUCCCACAGAUAGGAAAUUACAAAGAAAGUUAGUGCCAUAGGAGCACUUGGCCAGAAAUCUAAUCUGGACCCUAGGAAGUGGGUUCAGGUGAUGAAAGUGUAGGCACUAAGGUGCUCCAUUAAGGGGUAAAAGUGUGAGGAUGCCUGGGUGGCACAGUUCAGUUAAGUGUCCAACUCUUGGUUUCGGCUUAGGUCAUGGUCUCAGGGUCCUGAGAUCAAGCCCCGUAUUGUACUCUGUGCACAGCAUAGAGUCUGCUUGUCCUUACCCCUCUGCUCCUCCACCCCGUUCUCAUAAAUAAAGUCUUUUAAAAAAUAAAGAGGUGAGAGAGAGAGAGAGAGAGAGUGUGUGUGUGUGUGUGUGUGCGUGCACGCACAUGUUUGUUGGUUGGAACCUAGAGGCUGAGGGGGAGCAAGAGGCCAGGUCAUGUAGCCCCCGUAAGGAAUUUGGGUCCUUACCCCAUGUAUAGUGGGAAGUCACAGAAGGGUUUUAAGGCGUGAGAGGAGAUGCAAUCAGUCUUGUAUAUCAGCAAUCCCUCUGGCUGUCGUGUGGGGGAACUGACAAUAAGGGGUUGAGUAUUGAAGUAGUGAGACCAGUGACAAGGCUGCUGUCCUGCGAUUUAAAAGGCUGCCACUGCAGAAGGCCACACAUUCUUUGCUGUUUCUCCCAUCAGGAGGUGGAGCGUCUUCCUCGUCUUUCAUGUAGACUGGCCUGUAACUUGUUUUGACCAGUAGAAUGCCAUGGAAGUGAUGUUGUGCUGGGUGGGUCCUUAAGAGGCUGGCAGCUUCUGCUUUUCCUCUCUUGGGGCUCUGGGCUGCUGUACAGAGAAGUCCAGCUACUCCGCUGGAGGGAGACAUGGAGACAGACGUGGAUAGAGAGAGGCCCAGCCAGCCCCUAGCGGCUCCGCUGUGUUGGCUGACGGGCCAGACACGAGUGAUGCCAUCUCGGAUAUUUUCACCCAGCUCCCAGCUGACGCCCUGUAGAAUAGAGCCUCGCCUUGCCCUCUCCGCUUUGCUCAGGGUACAGAAUCACAAGCGAAUAAAUGGUUGUUGCUAUUUUAA